CCUGACGGGCUGCGGACGUUCUGCUUAAUAUUCCUAGAACAUAAAAACCAGGAAAUAUUUAAUCGUUUUAAAAUUAAAAAGUGUACCAGUGCAUAUUAUGAAAUUAUAGUAUCUAAAAAUUCAUUAAAAUAAAAUUAAACAACUGUGAUAAUCGGCAAGAUGAACAGCAAACUGCAGAUCAUCUCCAGAUAUUUGCUGAGGCAAAAAUGUGUGUUCAACUCGAUGCGCAGCAUCUCCACCUCGAUGCCCAUCCUGAUCAGCCACAAACACCAUGUGGGUAAGGAUCCGCUGGUCUAUCGAACCGUGGGACAGCAGUUGGAGCUGACGGCCUCGAACUAUGGUAAUGUGGAGGCCAUUGUCUCGUGUCACGAGGGCAAGAGGUAUACCUUCCAAAAUUUACUGAAGGAAGCGGAUGCCUUGGCGGCGGGAUUCCGAAAGUUGGGACUGCAGCCGGGAGAUGCCAUCGGUUUGUGGGCGCCCAACUAUAUGCACUGGUAUCUGGGCAUGAUGGGAGCAGCUCGAGCGGGACUCACCUCGGUGGGUAUUAAUCCCGCCUUCCAGGGCCCCGAGGUGGCCUAUUGCCUGAACAAGGUCAAUGUCAAGGCCAUCAUUGCACCGGAAACCUUCAAGACUCAGAAUUACUAUGAGAUUUUGAGGGAUAUCUGUCCGGAAAUCUCGGAUGCGCAGCCUGGCAAGAUCAGAAGUGAGAAGUUCCCCCACCUGAAAUCCGUGAUAAUCGAUAGUAAUGAUGGUUUGAAGGGUGCUUUGAGAUUCGAUGAGUUACUAGACCUGGCAAACCCAACGGAACGUGAAGAGGUUUCUCAAAUCCAAAAUAACAUACUACCCGAAUCCCCUUGUAAUAUUCAAUUUACCUCGGGAACUACGGGAAAUCCCAAGGCAGCUGUACUCUCUCAUAACAAUUUCGUGAACAAUGGCAUCCAUGUGGGAAAUCGUAAUCAGCUGGAGGGCGAGAGGAUCUGUGUACAGGUGCCCCUGUUUCAUGCCUACGGAGUGAUCAUUACAAUUAUGGCAGCGCUAUCCAAGGGAGCUACUAUGAUCCUACCCGCCCCCGGUUUCAGUCCCAAGGAUUCCCUGCAAGCCAUUGUCAAAGAAAAGUGUUCGGUUAUACAUGGCACACCCACCAUGUAUGUGGAUUUGGUCAACACGCAGAAGAAACUGCAGGUGCCGCUGGGCAAGAUCAAGAAGGCCAUCACCGGUGGGGCUAUUGUGGCGCCACAGCUCAUCAAGGAUAUCAGGAAUAUCCUUGGGGUGGAAGCGGUUCACAGUGUCUAUGGUUUGACGGAGACCACAGCGGUGAUCUUCCAAUCUCUACCCGGCGAUAGCAGCGACGUAGUCCUCGAUUCAGUGGGUCAUCUGACGGAUCACAUUGAGGCCAAGGUGGUGGAUCCCGAGGGUAGAUGCGUGCCCUUCGGCCAACCCGGGGAGUUGUGUGUUCGUGGGUAUGUCACCAUGUUGGGCUACCAUGGCGAUGAGGAGAAGACCAAGGAGACCAUCGGCAAGGACAUGUGGCUGCGGACCGGAGAUCAGUUCAUCCUGGAGGCGAAUGGCUACGGCAGGAUUGUGGGUCGCCUCAAGGAGAUGCUCAUCCGUGGUGGGGAGAACAUUUUCCCCAAAGAGAUUGAAGACUUUUUAAAUGCCCAUCCGCAGGUCAUUGAGGCCCAUGUGAUUGGCGUGCCCGACGAGCGACUGGGCGAGGAGGUCUGCGCCUUUGUUCGCCUUGAGGAGGGCGUUGACCCCGCCUCCUUCACCGCUGCGACCUUGAAGGAGUACAGCAAGGGCAAGCUGGCCCACUUUAAGGUUCCCCGAUAUGUGAUCACCUUGGAUGCGUUCCCUAAGACAACCUCUGGCAAGAUCCAGAAGUUCAAACUGGUUGAGGCUUUUAAGCAGAAGUGUCCUGAAGAACUUAAGGUCGCCAGAGCUUAGUCUUAUAAUUCUAAGAUUUUUAAUAUAACAUUAAAGUUAGAUUUUAUACAAAAA